UUCCUCUUCUCCUCGGGAUGCCAAUCUCCCAGAGUCAAGACCCAAACCUAGAGAGUGCCACUCACUCAACUCAAAACACACUCCUCUUCUCCACGACUUUCUCUAAACCUAGCUCUCUCUCUGUUUCAAUGGAGGAACCACAGGCAAUUAUAAUGCAGAUCAACGGUGAUGAAGAAGAAGAAUGCUGCGGCAGCGGAGGCGGAGGAGGAGGAGACGAGUUCUACGAGAUGAUCGAGGCGCCGAAGUUCGUUGACCUCACCAAACCCGAUCACUACCGCCCCGACCACGACGAUCGCUUCUGGUUCUGCUUACGUGUCGGAUGUGACCGGAAGCAUGAGGAAGAAAUCGAUUCUGAAGCCAUCUACAAAAAUUUUGUUCUCCGGGUCAUGGCAGCAAGAAGUCCCAAUAUACGCCUUCGAAAAGCCCUAAAUAGAAGAGCCCCAAGUGCAAAUGUGAAAUGCCCACAUACGGCUCCCCCGAAAUCAUCCAAGUCUAGAAUAUCAAGAUUAGCCAUCAUGUCUUCAAUUUCUCAAAAAGUGGUUGAGACCAAAUUGAAAGCCAGGCCACCUGCUAAGCUCAAUGCAACCCCAAAUUUAAAGGCAAAGCAAUCUUCUAAUGUGGCUAAGGCUCUUACUACUCCAAGGAAUCGUAAGCCCCUCUCAAAUCCUAAUACAUUUAGAAGUGUUCGGAACCCAAAAGCAACAUCAAUUGCUGUGCCAAAGAAUAGAGUCAUAGCAAAGGCUUUAGUCUUUAACUCACCAAAGAAAGCAGUAAAGGCAAAGCCUUUUUCAGAAUUGAAUACUUCUGUGAGAACAAUGUGUGCAGCAAUGAAGAAGCUUGAGAUCACCAGUGGAAAGAAGCAAGUAUUAGGCUAUAACAAACCACUGCCUAGAGAUGCUUCAAGAAAGCCAUUAAGAGGACGAGAAGUUAAAAGUCGGGUUUUCAAUUCCUUGCAUUCUCACAGCUGCAAGGUCCCAGAAGCCAAAUCUUCAAGAACCUUGAAGAGAAAGAACGAUGAAAUAGGCAAACAACCCUAUCAUGAUCAUGUGCCCCGUGAAGGGGAUGAUUCUAGUGACAUGGAUAUAGACGAGAAAUCAAGGGGUGGUUCUUUUGAAGGGUGCUCUGCAUCAGGUACUUCUAAUAGCAGUGAAGAAAAUGGGCGUGAAGAGUGUUUGAAAACUGUGGAAUCACAGAAAGGUGAGAAUUCAGUUGAUGUUUUCUCAGAUUCCUCAAGAGGUGACAAUAUUGCCCUAUCAAGUUCCGAAGAGAGGGAUUCAGUAGAGAAAGAUGUUCCCGACUCCCAAUCUCUUAGUGGAGCAGCUGAAGGGACCAGUGAAAGAAGUGAUUGUGAGGAGAAAGUAAAAUCAAGUUCAGGGAAAAGGGAAGUCCAUGAAGUCAAGGAAAGCGACGAUAAGGAAAAUGCUCUCCUGACCUGUGAUGAUACAAAAAAUGACUGUGAAGUCAUAGAUAUUGAUGACAAGGAAAAUGCUUUAGCAUCAGAUGUUAACAGGGUGCAGAAUCAGAAUAAUGGCCACCGUGAAAGGAUAACUCUGGGGAAGCAUGAGACUUCAAAAGUUUCACAAAAGGUUAACCGAGUAACAGGUAAGACUUUAAAAGACAGUUCCAUCUCUGCUGCCACCAUUGCACAAGGGGUGAAGUAUAGGAAACCAAAGCCCACAAAUCCCAAGCCUUUUAGGCUAAGAACUGAUGAAAGAAGGAUUCUUAAGGAAGCAAACUUGGAGAAAAAACUCGCACCCCUGAAAGAAAUUACAACAGCUCCAAGGCCUCUUGUUAGAAACUCAGAAAGAAUGCAUCAGAAUGUAAUCCUAAAAAAUGAAAAAUCCCAUGGAAUAAGUGAACGUGUGUAUGAUAUGCGUGAAGGUGGUGAAAAGAAAGUAAAAAGAAUAACAAAAGAUGAUCAAUCUAUAAGGAUUGGAAGUACUUGCAUCAAGGCUACAAAAGUAGAUGUGAAACGAAAAUCAUCUCCUACACAUAGACGAAUUGUUUCUACAUACCAGAAAGCCAACCUUCCUACUUCACUGGUGGAACAUGGAGCAGCUCAAAAAUUGAAGGACAGCUUAAAAAAGACUAAAUCACCAAUGAUGCAACAAAAACUUGCAAAGCCUGGAGGAGCUACGUCAAGCAGGAAAGAAAUGGUUUCCCGCAUGACAUCUGGUCAACUCAGUGUGAUUAAAGAAACCUCAUCAACAGUUUUAACACCCAAACAAGAGGCAAAGCCAUAUGAGAGUGGUGCUUCCCCAGGAACUAAAGCUUCUACUCAAACUACUUCACGGUCAUUGUCACGGGGAAGAAGGCCUCUAACCAUUCCAAAGGAGCCAAAUUUUCAUAGCAUCCAUGUGCCCAAGAGCUGCACAAGGAAAGGUGAUUCCCAUCAAAUUUAACUUUUUGAGGGUAUGAUAUCCUGUGUUGUUCAAUAACAUCAUUGAAUUGUAUUUUCUUGUUUAAAUUUUACUGUCUCCUGCUUUUAGGAAUUGGUUCAUUUAAGCAAAUGUGUGUAUGUUGUAACAUUUGAGAUUCAGAAAUGAUUAGUAUUUAAUUAUUUAUUCAUUUAAAAAGAGAGAGACAAUUUGAUUGAUUA